GGGGAGUGAAACGGGGGAGUGGAAUUGGGAAAGUGAGGAGUGAGAGGAGUGGAACGAGCAUGAUUGGCCUCCUUGUUGGUAUCGCCUCCAGAUGCAAGCUGCCGUUCCAGAAGUCUACCUCCCGCGGUAGGACGGGUCCCAGAGAGUACAAACCGGCCAGACUGCCGUCAAGUGACUUGCAGCCUGGUUUGGCGAAACGACAUGUACAAGGCCCGAUGCGACAGUGCUCCGGCUGCACACCAAACGCCCAAGAUGGCCCGAGAGGCGCCGGUGGGGAGACACGACGUGAAUGACAGGCAGUCGGAGAGAGACAGAGAGAGGCAGACAGAGAGAGGGCCAGCAACGGUGAGUGAGUGAGGCUCUGUUACACACAUUUGGUAGGGAGGUUCCAGGG